AUGGCUGCUCAAUUGGCUUCAUUCGUGGGCAGGCGAAUUCUCAAGGAGAACGUGAAUAAUGCUUUUGGACAGGAGGAUCCCUACUUUGAACAAGUCCCUGCUUCUCGACUGGGUCGAACUUUUGGAAAGAAGAAGCGAAAACAACGAAAGGCUAUUCCCCCCGGGUUAUCUGCGAAUGACGCCAAAAUCCUGAACCGCGUGAAACGUCGUGCAUACCGCCUCGACUAUAGCCUUUUCAAUCUAUGUGGAAUCCGCUUCGGUUGGGGUGCAGUUAUCGGGUUGAUUCCAUUCGCCGGAGAUGGUCUCGACGCUGCGUUGGCGAUGAUGGUUGUCAGAGACUGCGACAAGGUCGAUGGUGGACUCCCUAAUUCCCUACGUACCCGCAUGUUGUUAAAUGUCGUGAUCGAUUUCGUCAUCGGUCUCGUUCCCUUCAUCGGUGAUCUUGCGGACGCCAUUUACAAGUGCAAUACUCGAAAUGCUAUCCUCCUGGAGAAACAUUUGCGAGAAAAGAACAACAAGAUUGACAAAGCACGUGCAAAGAAAGGGCAGCCCACGAGACAAGCUCAACGUCCCGUUGAUCUCAGCCUGCCGGAAGAGUUCGAUAGAUAUGAGGAGGGGUCGUUGCCAGAACCACCGAGCUAUACCGAAGCUCCCUUGUCAGAACCCACUCCGACGGAGCAUGGCGUUGAAAUGCGUCAUCCGACUGAACCACGGCCCGCACAUAAUGCUAGAUCCUCUCGUCGUGAUGCCAGUUGGUUUAGCGGGCGGAAACAGAAACGGAGUGAUCUUGAAAGCGGCGGUGGACGCAAUUAA